AUGUUACAUGCAAAAUCCACUGCAUUAGAAGUUAUUCAAGCUUUAAAUGCCGAUCUCACAGAUAAAACAGUUUUAAUUACCAGAGGAACUGCAGGGAUUGGACUUGAAACAGCAUGCGCACUAGCUACAAUGCAUGCGCAUGUGAUAAUUACAGGACGUGAUAUGGUUAAAAAAUCAGUUUGUUCAUUUGCUGAAGAAUAUAUAAAAAGAAAUUUAUCAUUACAUAUACUAAUUUGUAAUGCUGGUGUCUUUCCUAGUAUACGUAGAUUAACAAAAGGUGGUUUUGAAUAUAAUUGGGGUAUUACUUAUUUAUCACAUUUUUUACUUGCACAACUUUUAUUACCAGUAUUAAAAAGAAAUCAAUCAUCACGUAUAGUUGUUGUUAGUUCAUUAGCUAAUCAUUGUGCUGGAAUUGAUUUUGAUGAUUGGAAUUAA